AUGCAUAUUUGGAUAUUGCGUACAGAUGCAUCAUCCUCAAAUGAGGCAGUUCACUUACAGCAGCGUCUUCGAAGUCUAAGCACUGAACUUGUAACGCUAAGAAACCGGCUCCAUGUCCAAGGAGGACAGCCGGCCACCGUAAAAGGCGGUGGCGGACCUGUUCCUCCCCUUGCACCCGUCUCGACUGCACCACAGCCAGCAGUACCACCAAGGUCUGCACACAACGUACCUGCACCAAUAGGCUCUGUAACUCAACAGCAACGACCUCAGGCGCCUUCCAGCGGUUCUUCGUCAAACCUCGAAGAUCUAAUCCAUCUUCAUGGACCGCUCACUGAAGAUGCAGUCAUGAAAUGUUUACAAGCGCGAUUUCAAGCAUCCAACUUUUACACAAACGUUGGUCCGAUUCUGCUGUGUGUAAAUCCCUACAAAGAGGUCGGCAAUCCGUUGACUCUGAGCAGUACAAGGGGAAUAGCGUUAAGUCCACAAUUAAAUAAGGUUGUCCAGGAGGCCGUUAGACAGCAAUCCGAAACUGGAUACCCUCAAGCCAUAAUCUUAUCAGGAACCAGUGGUUCUGGCAAAAGCCAUGUUUCUAUGUUACUAUUGCGACAACUGUUUGCCGUAGCAGGGGGAGGUCCAGAGACUGACGCGUUUAAGCAUUUGGCUGCUGCUUUUACAGUAUUACGUUCCUUAGGGUCUGCGAAGACUAUGACUAAUUCGGAAUCUAGUCGAAUUUAUGGAGAUACAAGGCAGGAUACUAUCGAAGAUUCGAAUAGAUUUCAAGCUUGGAAAAACUGUUUGGGAAUCUUGGGCAUACCAUUCUUGGACGUAGUAAGGGUUCUGGCAGCAGUUCUGCUAUUGGGAAAUGUGCAAUUUAUGGACGGAAAAGGUCUGGAAGUCGAUGUUAAAGGCGAAGCCGAACUAAACGCCGUCGCUGGACUGUUAGGUGUAUCCGGUGGUGCCCUCUUCCGCGGCCUCACUUCUCGCACUCACAACGCUAGAGGUCAGCUCGUAAAAUCCGUGUGUGAUGCAAAUAUGUCAAACAUGACAAGAGACUGUCUCGCUAAAGCUUUAUAUUGUCGUACUGUAGCUACCAUAGUUCGUAGAGCUAAUAGUCUUAAGAGGUUAGGAUCUACGUUAGGAACUCUAAGUUCGGACUCUAAUGAAUCGGUUCAUAAUCAAGCGGAAGUUACGAGUCAGCAUGCUUCUACUAUAGGGGGAAGUACUAACGCCGGGAGUAAGUCAAUGGCAGCAUUAAAUAACGCCAUUAGACACGCGACUGAUGGCUUUAUAGGAAUACUUGAUAUGUUUGGUUUCGAAGAACCAAAGCCGAGUCAACUGGAACACCUUUGUAUUAAUUUAUGUGCAGAAACUAUGCAGCACUUUUACAAUACUCAUAUAUUUAAGUCGAGUAUAGAAUCUUGCAGGGAUGAAGGUAUCAAUUGUGAGGUAGAAGUAGAUUAUGUGGAUAACGUACCAUGCAUUGAUUUAGUGUCAUCUUUGCGGACUGGUUUGUUAAGUAUGCUUGAUGUUGAGUGUUCUAUCCGUGGUACAGCCGAGUCGUAUGUAUCGAAGAUAAAAGUUCAACACAAAAAUAACUCCAGACUUUUCGAUCCGAAACCAAUUGAUCCACGAUUGUUUUGCAUCCAACAUUUUGCUGGUAAAGUUGUGUAUGACGCAACGGAUUUUCUGGACACCAACAAAGAUGUUAUACAAGACGAUUUGGUAGCUGUGUUUUAUAAACAUAGUUGCAAUUUUGGUUUUGCGACACACUUAUUCGGAAGCGAGCUUAAAGCCUUAUAUUCAGUGGAAACGGUUCCGAGAGGAGUAAGUUUCCGAAUAUCUCCUACUUCCCACACAGAUCUUUUAAACGGAGAUGAACCAGUCUCGACUUUAACACAAGACUUCCAUACUCGUCUUGACAACUUGUUGCGUACUCUGGUACACGCAAGGCCACAUUUUGUCCGUUGUAUUUGCAGUAACUCACAAGAAGCAGCCAAUAGAUUCGAAAGAGGUAUAGUAGUACGACAAAUCAGGUCUCUGCAAGUACUGGAAACUGUUAAUCUCAUGGCUGGUGGUUAUCCCCAUAGAAUGAGAUUUAAGGCUUUUAAUAUGAGGUAUCGUUGUCUGGCGCCUUUCGCUAAACUUAAUAGAACAGAAGAAAAAGUAACAGAUGACUGUAAUUUAAUUCUUCAGUAUGUUAUGGACUCCAUAGGAAAACAACAAAGUCUCGUAUCAACAAGUUACGCUAUGGGAAAGAGGCAUAUCUUUUUAAGCGAGGGAAUAAGGCAGCAGCUUGAAAAGCUGAGGUCUGAAACGCGACAGAAAGCCGCUACCUUAAUACAGUGUUGUUGGAGAGGCUGGCAUUGUCGAUAUAGAAUGUCAGCUAUUCGGAGAGAAAAAACGGUCAAUCAACCUCCAGUAUCUAGAACAGCAAUCGGAGGAACAAGACCAAGGCCUCAGCCCAUCGCUGGUACUCCACCGCCAGAUCCUAAUGAAAAAUGCGAUGCGAAAAUCAUUCAACAAACCUGCAAUCUUUUCGGACUGGAUUUGGAGCGGCCUCCUCCUGUUCCUCCUAGUAGAUCGUACACUGUAACAGGAAAUACCAAGCUGGGUUACCCGCAAACCAGAGUCAUGAAAAUGACAUAUCCCGAAGAUACUACUACUGGCGACGAUGGUCCAGUUUUACUAAAAGGAGAUACUGUAUUAGUAGUAGGAGCUUCACACCGUAGAGGUCACUUAAUCGUUGAACACAAACAUUGUACGCUUCAUGUGCCCUUUCAGUUUUUAGAACUGAAACAAAGUGUUAAUAUUUAA